ACGCACAAUUUGGAAAUUUCGACUGACCUUUGGAGCAAGAAGAGAAAAGAGGAAGACAGCCCUCCCAGCAAACAACCAGCAACACCCUCUCACCCGCCAUCCAGAGAGCCAAGAUGAAGUUCCUUAAGGUCGGCCGUGUUGCCAUCAUCACCCGCGGCAGAUAUGCCGGCAAGAAGGUUGUCAUCAUCCAGCCCUCCGACUUGGGCAACAAGAUGCACCCCUACGGCCACGCCAUCGUUGCCGGUAUCGAGCGCUACCCGUCCAAGAUCACCCGCCGCAUGUCCAAGACUCGGCAAGAGAAGCGCAGCAAGAUAAAGCCCUUUGUCAAGGUUGUCAACUACAACCACCUGAUGCCCACCCGCUACACCCUCGAGCUCGAGGGCCUCAAGGGCACCGUCACCAACGACACCUUCAAGGAGGUCAGCCAACGGGAGGACGCGAAGAAGAACGUCAAGAAGGUGCUCGAGGAGCGUUACACGAGCGGAAAGAACCGCUGGUUCUUCACUCCUCUCAGGUUCUAAAUCAUUUCUUCUUCAAUCGGUUGGGCGGGGCGAAUGGUUUGGGGCUGUAUACAGCAUACUCGACAUUAAAAACUUGAGGCUCAUGAGCUAAAUCCACCGCGGUUCUUUCUGGUCAAUGUGGCGUUCGAUUAUUCGGCCUUUUUUUCGGUUGCAGACAAGGCGAUGGAGCACUGAACAAACGGUGGCGGCGUGUAUCUACGAUAUCGGAUCGUGGAUGGCACACCUUGAAUGCAAGCAGCAAAGACGUUGCUUCUGAUGACACAAAGCGAGUCCAAGAUGCACGUGAGCGACGCCGUGAGCUGGUGGGUGUCUUGUUUUCGGCUCCUGGAUACAGGGCCGGCGAGGAUUGCACACGCGAGUGUGGUGUCUCGCAGAUGCGGUGACAAUGUCGCCAGCAAGCUUGGGUCGCGACAAGUAGCCUUGUGCUACAGACAUGAAUAUGACCGGAUACAAUACAUUACGUGCAAGUCAAGCCAGUGUAUGCCAGUGUUCAAAACUUGACAUCGGGUUCCCUCGCUCGAUACCAC